AUGAAGUCGGCGGGCAAAAAGCCCAAGAGCGCACCGGCUCCCCCUCCUCGCUCCGAUUGCCCUCCAGACGUCGAAGAACUCGGUCGGUCUACAUGGACUCUUCUGCACAGUAUUGCCGCGACAUACCCUGAUUCCGCGCCGCCCGAGACACAGUCGAUCAUGCAGCAGUUCCUGUCUACUUUUUCAAAACUAUAUCCGUGUUGGGUGUGUGCCGACGAUUUCCGCAGAUGGAUGGCCCAGCCGGGCAACGAGCCGAAAGUCAAAGGUCAAGAUGAACUAGGCACGUGGAUGUGUCAGGCGCACAACGCGGUUAAUGUCAAGUUGGGGAAACCUGAGUUUGACUGUACAUUGUGGAAACAGAGGUGGAAGGAUGGAUGGAAGGAUGGAAGGUGUGAUUAA